GCAAAGGAGAAAACUCGAUCUUUAUCCAGGAUACAGCUCGAAUCUCGUCGUCGUAUUCGAGCGCGUGGUGGAGUCGCGUGCUCUAGGUGUUUCGUGUUCGAUAGUCAUCGUCGCGUUGUUAUUCGUUUAGUAAAGUGUAACGAAACUUGCUGUAUAACCGCGCGUGUAUCGCGGCUCGACAUCGUGAACGCGUGAAACUGUUGGUGUACGCGCGUCAUGACCCGUCCCGAGCUCUCGAGCUCGCGAGCGAAUGACAGGCAACGCGACCACGAGCCAACAUCGCGAUUUCGAUGAUAUCCUCGAUCGUUUCGCUUGUUCCUCGCGAGAAGAAGGAAGCAGAGACGAAGCGGGAGGAGGAUCGUGACGUGUUCGGCGAAUAUCGAGAUCGCGCGUCUGACAUCGAGGUUGAUCGAGGAUCGGAUUAGAAGGGCGAACGACGGGCCAUCCGCAAGAGGCCGGGCGAAACUCGCCAACACCAUGGAUUGGUGGUUGCGGGGACGGAUUAUCUACACCUACUCGUUAUGGGUCGUGUUCAAGGCAGCAGCGGUGGGCGGUAUUUUCGAUUCCAUGGUGGGGGAGAUGGUCGUCGAGGCUGGGAAGAACGUGACGCUGAAUUGUCCCGGUGUGACGGAGAACUCUCUCAUACUGAUGCUCGAAUGGCGGGUUAACAGUAUGCAGUUGCUCGAGUACAGCAGCAACACCACGAUAGUGUGGAACCACCAGAACAGGGUUUCGUUGUCGUUGAAGAACUACUCGCUCCAGUUUCAUCCGGUCACCGCGCAGGACACCGGCGAGUACACUUGCUUGGUGAACAGUCGCAGUAUGCCGGAAGCUGUCAUCAGUCUCAUAGUUCACGAUGUGCCUGAUCCACCGGACCGCCCUCUCAUAUCCAACUUCACCUCGAGAUCCGUGCGUCUAUCCUGGGUGGCGAGUCGUAAUUCUCAUAACAACCCGAUCUUGUACUACGUCAUCGAAACUCAGACCGGGGUAGGCGGAGCAUGGAACGCAACGGAGGAAAUCGUAACGCCGAACAACGAUACAACUUACAACAUCGAGAAUUUGCAGCCGUUCACCGUCUACAGUUUUCGCGUGUCAGCGGUGAACGCCAUGGGAAGGAGCAAGCCAAGCGAAGAGACCUUCCACUCCGUCACUCUUCGAGAACUGCCAUCAGGAAAACCUAUAAUUACCAGCGCUCAUAAUACAUCUGCCACAUCUAUAUAUUUGGCGUGGAAAGCGCCCAGCCCUGACACAAUUCACGGCGAAUUCCUUGGGUAUCGAAUCGGGUAUAAACCUCGAGACAAACCCUAUAUGGAAGAAAAAGAAGUAUAUAUACGCAAUCCAGCCAUUGACAAUCAUACAAUCCGCAAUCUGCAGACGUACACCCAAUACCUGGUGUCAUUACAGGUUUUCAACCCGGAAGGACAUGGUCCUGCAACCACCAUUUCUGUAAUGACCGACGAAGGAGUGCCAACGAAACCGUUAAACCUAUCGUCUCACGGCAUCACCUCCACCACCAUCGAGUUGUCCUGGGCCGAGCCUGACUACGCCAAUGGGAUCAUUUCCGGUUAUCGUAUUUACUACAUGCAUUCCAAUUACACCGACGUCCAAAUGUACAGAACGGACGAGUACGACGGGCCAAUUAUCGAAUUCGUUUUAAAGGAAUUGGAACCGUACACCGAGUACGAGAUAUGGGUAAAAGCUUACACGUGGAAGAACGAGGGCGAGCCUUCGGAGCACAUCAUUCGUCGGACAGAUAUUUCAGGGCCGAGCGCUCCGUUGAUCUUGAACGUCACUUGUCCUACCCACGACUCCGUCUACAUCCAAUGGGCCAGGCCGAACAUCUUUUGGGGCUCGAUCGACUACUUCUUCAUCAAUUAUCGGAUCGAGAAUGACAAUCGUUACGAAGAGAUCGAAGUGAUGACGGAGAAGAAUCAUCUCGAGAGCGCGAUGAUCAUACCCAACCUGACGAUGAACAGCGUAUACGAGAUCGUGGUACGCGGAGGCACGCGGAGCGCUAUCGACAAUCGGCUGAUUAUACGCGGAGAAGGCUCUGCUCCACAGAAGGUGCGCGGCAUUCGCGAUUGCAACAGAGCACCACCGUUAUUGCCACAUACCACCAUAUGGUUCAGCAGCGGAGUGAUCGCCGGGAUGAUCUGCGCUUGUCUCGCGGUGAUGCUGAUGAUCACCUCCUUCGUGCUAUGGAAGCCUUGCCUGAGGCCAAUUUUCAGGAAAUGCUUCCACACCGCGUACUACUUCCUCGAUUAUCCACCUCGCAACGUGCCCACGCUUCAGGAAUGGGAGAACAGCGAACAGGACGGCGAGCGUACCGCGGUCGCCAUUCAGAAGUUCGUGCAACACGUCGCGAGUCUGCACGCGGACGGGGACAUCGGAUUCAGCAAGGAAUACGAGUUCAUUCAAUCGGAGAGCGGCAAAUUCACAGCGGAGAAUUCCCAAUACGUGGAGAACAAAGCGAAGAACCGAUACUUGAACAUAUUAGCCUAUGAUCACACGCGAGUUCAGUUAUUGUCGUGCGGCGGAGGACCGCCGAAGAAGGGUCACGAUUACGUGAACGCGAAUUACAUAGAUGGUUGGCAGCGUACUCGCGCGUACAUCGGUACGCAGGGUCCGUUGCCACCGACUUUCGAUGGAUUUUGGCGGAUGGUGUGGGAGCAGAGAGUAUCGAUCAUCGUUAUGAUUACGAAUCUCGUCGAACGUGGUCGCAAAAAAUGUGAUAUGUACUGGCCUAAGAAGGGGUCUGAGACGUACGGGUGUAUUCAAGUGACGCUACUGAGGGAGGACGUUAUGGCUACGUAUACCAUUCGUACUCUUCAAAUUCGUCACAUGAAGGUGAAGAAAAGGAAGAAUGGAGUUAACAUGGGAGAACGUAUAAUUUGGCAAUAUCAUUACACUGGAUGGCCUGAUCACGGGGUACCUGAACAUCCGUUACCUGUUUUAAGCUUCAUCCGAAAAUCUUCCAACGCUAAUCCUCCGGAUGCCGGGCCUAUUGUUGUUCAUUGCAGCGCUGGCGUUGGCCGCACGGGUACCUACAUUGUUAUCGAUGCCAUGCUGAAGCAGGCUAAGUGCAAGAACGAAGUGAACGUGUUUGGAUUUCUAAAGCACAUUCGUACACAGAGAAACUUCUUGGUUCAGACCGAGGAACAAUAUGUGUUCAUUCAUCACGCUUUGCAAGAGGCUAUUGAAAGCGGUGAAACCAAUAUCGAGGAAAACAAUCUAUUAGAAUAUGUGCAAGACAUGUUGAGUCCCAACAACACCAAUACAGAUGCGUGGAACAACCUUGAAGCUCAGUACAAGCUGGUGACUUCGUGGAAACCGAAAGAAUUCAACCUCGUGUCCGCGAUUAAACCGUGCAAUCUUCAUAAAAAUCGCAAUCAAGACGUAAUUUCGAUCGAAACGGCUCGCGUUCACUUGACGCCGAAGCCCGGGAUCGAUGGGAGCGAUUACAUCAACGCUACGUGGAUUGCUGGCUUCCAUCGCAAUCGUGAGUUUAUCAUCACCCAACACCCAAUGGAAAAUACAAUAAUGGAAUUCUGGCAGAUGAUGUGGGAUUACAACGCGCAAACUGUAGUUAUGUUAACCGAAUGCGACGAGGAGUAUCCCGAAUUUUGGCCUACCGAGGGAAAAGAUUUAGAGUCGGAGACUUUUCGCGUGCGAUCGUGCGGGAUCAAGGAAACCGCGAGUGGAAUGAUUCUGCGCGAAGUGGCGGUCCGAUCUCUGCAAGACGAUUACGAGUUGAGUGCCAAAAUCGUGCAAGGGCCGCGAUCCCAGCCAGGCUUCUGGCCGCACAACGCCAACCCGCGACCCCUCGUAACCUUGAUCCACGAUUUACAUCGGGAUUACCAGAACGGCCCUAUCGUCGUAAUGGAUAGGUUCGGUGGUGUCGAGGCUGCAAUCUUCAUUUUACUCACGACAUUGAACAAGCAACUGGAGUUCGAGAAGAGUGCCGAUAUUUAUAUGUUCGCGAAAUUGUUGUACAUGAAGCGACCCGGAGUGUUUCGGUCAAAGGAGGAUUACGCGUUGCUGUACCAAUGUCUGGAAACUAUGCUGUCGUCGAAGGCUCACGACGAGCCGGAUCUGUACUCGAUGGCGAACGGCCACGUGUCGACGAUAACGGAUCCGGCGGACGUGGCCACCUCGUCGAUGCAACACAUGCAGAUGGACUAUUCCCCGAAAUCGACGAUGAUCAGGGAAUACGCGACGGUGGAAGUGAAUUCUAUGUCCGACUAUUCUAUCCCGAUUCGUGUGGACCACUCGAUGGAACCGUGCAGUAGCAGAAGCAGCGAUAGCUGUAUGUUCACGCAUACGGGGAACGAGCACGAGAAAAACAUCGUGAUGACCCAUCGGAACGUAAGCUAUCACAAUCAUCCGGGCAGUGUCUCAGUUAUUGUUGACGCGAACGGUUACGUGACGAACGGCAGCAUGCGUAUGAGACCAGAGGGUAUGGAGUCGAGCUGUAAGAUGUUACCUCAAUGAUGCCUGCCGAUCUUCGGUUGCAGUGUUUCCUCGAACCGGUCUGAGCCGCUGUAACCGAUCGAGCUCCUCACUGCCCGAAGUGUAAUCCUGAUUCUGCCACAGCGCAAGGAGUUCCAAAUUGGACACGUCUUCGCACAAACGGAAUAACGGCUAUUCGAUCGUGGGAUCAGCCUAAAGAGGAUUCUCUCUCAGUUAUACUGUAAAUAAUAAAUCGUUAGAUAUACGCGCGUGUACGCGUACGCUCUCGAGGAUGUCGGACGUCGUGCGCGUACACGCGUAAAUAAUAAAAAGAAAUAACGCGAAACGAAGGUUCCCGUUUCUCGGUGACGUUGGGUGCCAAAAAUCAUUUUGUUAACGCACGCCACCACAUGGGCAUCCUCGUUUAACUUCGUUCGUCAAGCGUGAGUGUACACUUCUCUCGUUUCUUCUUUUUUGUAUGUACAUACACCGAUACACACAUACACACACAUACCGUUCGCUCGCAUACGUGCACACUUACAUAAUCACUUACUCGCACUUACGCGCGUACACGCGACACUUCACCGGCGACCAUGCAUCGUGUAAAUACGCGUGUAUAUUUAAAUUUACACGCGUAAUAUGCGUACUAAUAUGCAAGUUGGAUCAUUCGACCACUUCUUUACCAAAGAAUCGUUUAUACUCGUUAUUCUCGUUUCGUUUUAAGUCCUUUCCUAAAAGCGAUUUUGUCGCUUUAGCCGAGCAAGAUCGAGCGAUCGAACGCGGAACAGUCGUGCACGUUUUUUUUUAUUGUCAUCGUC